CUGCCCGCGCUGCGGGGGCUGCGCCGCGACACGGCGCCCUACAAGGGCUUCUCGGGCAUCCGGGUGCGCGGCGACUCGGCGCGGAAGGUGUUCUACCACGACCAGACCAUCGCCGUCGUCGAGGCGUCCAUGGACUACAACGCGGUCCGCGACCUGCAGAACUGCGAGCUCAUCGAGGUCAACAAGGCGAGCCUGGCCAGGGAGGCGCUGCAGAACCUCUCCUCCAUCGCCAAGCCCAGUCCGCUCGGCUUCGCCGACAUGAGCGCCCUGAUGCGGCGCUGCCAGGAGCUGAGCCUGGGCUCCGACACCGUGCAGGCCUCCCCGCUCGCCGGCCCCAACAAGCAGAGGAAGAUCGACGACAACCCGGACCCCACCAGCCUCCUCAGCGGCAUCCUGCCCGGGACCAAGUGGUGCGGCACCGGCGACAUCGCGGCCAACUACUUCGACCUCGGCACCGAGAAGGACAUCGACAGGUGCUGCCGGACGCACGACCUGUGCCCCGUCAAGGUUCGCGCCUUCCAGUCCCGAUACGGCCUCAGCAACAUGUCCUUCUACACCAAGUCCCACUGCGUGUGCGACGACAUGCUGCUGCAGUGCCUCAAGGCGUCCCAGCGACCCACGGCCAACAUCAUGGGCAACAUCUACUUCAACCUGCUGCGGGUGCCGUGCGUGGAGGACACGCAGGACGCCGAGACGGCCAGGACGGCGCGCCGCUACAGGCCGUCGAAGCGCUACUGAGCCGCCGCCAAGGCUCCCGCGCUCCCCCUUGCGCCUCGUGACUACCAGCGCGAGGGUGGGGCUUUAGAAAUUCAGAACCUUCUUCCGAUACCACUUCAAGAAAGGAAACGAACGUGUGUCUGUGAUAUUUUCUGCAAAGUCCUUUGUUUUGUCUUUUUUUUUUUAAAUCCCAAAGUUGAUUUUCAUUUGAAACCACGAUUGGUGCUUUUAAAAUGCAAUGUAUAUCCACAGGUCAUCAGCCACACCUGCUAGUCACCUUCAUAAAUUGAUUUUGGAUGUUGCAAGUCAUCUUGUAAUUUGUUGAAAAUAAACUAUUUAUUUUGUUAUCUUA